GUGAGUAGGACUAGGGCUAGCGGUGAUGUCAGCAUCUUCUUCGUCGCUGAGCACUGCGCAGGGCAGUGCGGCAAAUCCCAAUGGACCUCAGCCCUCCUCCUCGCGCGGAUCCUGGUCCUCGUCCCAUCCACUGGACCGCUCCUCCCCGGCCGCCGGUAAGAUCCUCCGCGCCGCCCACGAAGAAUUCGCCCCGCGCCGCCGCAAUCGCCUCUCGCUCGCCGGGGGGCGCCACGAGAGCCCCCCCUGGGCGACGAGCGCCAUCUCUGGAGCUGGCCUUGAUGCCGCCGCGAGCUGGCGAUGCCCUGCGGGCGCCUCCGCCAUGACCGCCACCGCCGCCGCCGCCGCCGCCUCUACCGCCGCCGCUCGGCCGCCAUCGCUGGGCACGGAUUUCUGCGGCCGCAAAUCCACCCGCCUCGUCUCCAAGCUCUCGCAUCUGGGCCGACCUAGCAGCGCUCCAGGCAAGCCGAUCAAGCCCGUGCUCUCCUCCGCCGUGAAACACAUGAUCAAGUCGCCAUCGCCAUCGCUCAUGCCUGCAUUGCUGGACCAAGUCUCGGCGCAUCUCCUCGGCCCCGACGAUCUCCCAUUCAUCGUCCGCGAGCUCGGCCACUCGGGGCAGUGGGAGAAGGUGGUCAAGAGCUUCGACUGGAUGGUCCUCCAGCAGAAUCUCCGCAGCCAGUGGGACAAGGUGACGAGCACGAUCAUCAGCUCGCUCGGGCGGCUUGGGCGGUCCGAUUGGGCGCAGUUGAUCUUCGAUCGGGCAGUCGGCGCUGGGUUUGGCAACAACGUGUUCGUCUACUCGUCCUUGAUCUGCGCCUAUGGCCGCAGCGGCAAGCUGGCCAAGGCGGUGGAGAUUUUCGAGGCCAUGAAAGUGGUUUGCAAGCCCAACCUCGUCGUCUACAACGCCGUGAUCGACGCGUGCAGCAAAGGUGGCGACUACCCGACAGCGCUCCGGAUCUUUCGAGAGAUGCUGGAGCAGGGAAUGUCCCCCGACAGGAUCACUUUCAACACGCUCAUCUCCGCCGCCGGGCGAGCCAAUCGCUGGGAGGAAUGCGACCGGAUCUUCGCGGAGAUGGAGGAGCGCGGCAUCGCUCGGGACGACGUGACUUACAACACGCUCAUCGCGACGUACUGCCGCGGUGGACAGAUGCAUCUCGGCGCUGCGCUCAUGGAGACCAUGGCCAAGAGCUCCGGCAUCGAGCCCAGCGUCAUCACUUACAGCACCAUGAUCGAUGGAUAUGCCAAGCUCGGCCUCGCUCACGAAGCCAUCGCGCUCUUUCAAGAGAUGCGCAACCAAAACGUGGAGCCCGACGGGAUUUGCUACAACACCAUGGUCGACAUCCACGCUCGUCUUGGCAACUUUGACGAGGCCCACAGCAUCCGGCGGGCGAUGGAGGAGGCUGGCUUCGCCAAGGACAUCGUCACCUACAACGCGCUGCUCGAUUCCUACGGCAAGCAAGGCAAGUUUCGCGAGGCCAUGUCGCUGCUCGAGGAGAUGAAGCAGCGCGGGGCCUCUCCAAACAUUCUCACGUACUCGGCGCUCAUCGAUGCCUAUUGCAAGCAUGGAUUCCACCGCGACGCCAUGGCUUUGUUCCAGGACGUGAAGAAGGCCGGGCUCCAGCCCGACGUUGUGCUCUACAGCACGCUCGUCGAUGGCUGCUGUAAGAAUGGAUCGCCGGACGAAGCUCUGGCUUUGCUCGAGGAGAUGGCGGACAAUGGCAUUCGUCCCAAUGUUAUUACUUACAACUCGCUGCUGGAUGCCUAUGGAAGGCAGUGCCUCAUGAUGCAAGACGAUCAACAGUCUCUUGUGGAUCCCAAACAGAAGCAAGCUCUCGUGCUUGCUGCUGCGAGGGUGUUCCGGGAGAUGGCAAAAAACGGUGUCAAGCCCAACGUAGUGACGUUUUCGUCCAUCCUCAACGCUUGCAGCCAUUGUGCAUCGGUGGAGGAUGCAUCCAGUUUAUUAGAGGCCAUGAGAGUUUUCGACGGUCGAGUGUAUGGAGUUACACACGGCUUGCUCAUGGGCUUUAGGAUUCGAGUGUGGAGAGACGCCGAGACGUUGUUUAACGAGCUAACGACGCUAGGACACAACACAGCCGUGGCAUUCUACAACGCACUAACAGAUGUCUUGUGGCACUUCGAGCAGAGGAACAGUGCUCAAAGAGUCGUAGAGGCAGCCAAGGACCGGCAUGUUUGGGACAAAGCAUGGUGGCAUUCCGAGCAGCAGUUUUUUCUCGACUUGCACUUCAUGUCGGUUGGCUCGGCACAGGCCAUGCUUCACUUGUGGUUGCUCUACAUCCGAAAGUUUUUGUGCCAGAGACGAUCGGUGCUGCCAAAGUAUAUGAGCAUCCUGACGGGCUGGGGAAAGCACAGCAAAGUUCCUGGCGAGAGCGCCGUCAAGCGAGCAGUAGAAGCACAUCUCUUGGAGAUGAAUUCGCCGUUUCACGUAUGGGGAAACAACGAAGGACGGCUUGUGUGUGCUGGCUACCAAGUCCAAGGCUGGCUCAUGGACACGAGAACUCAGAGACAUCUCCGGCUGUGCGACGUCCGAGGCGACUUUUCUAGGAAUGUUAACGAAGCAAAAAGAGUGAUUCCACUCGCGAAUCCAAAUAUUCCAGAGUUUAUACUCUUUGGACAAUCCCCUCCCACGCAGGAACGACAAAUCACAGGUCCAAGUACGUAUAGGUUCGAUCACACUCCACACACUUCGGCAUUCGGCAUCGAUCCAACUUCCGGUUUUGUCGAGCGGCCAGUUUCCUACGUGAUCCAGAAGCCGUAUGAUCUCAAAGUCUCUGAUCGCUACAGCUUCAGCAAUGGCAUCCACAAACUGUGGGUCUACACUUCGGACAAGCCCCACAGCUCUGAUAGUGACACGAUGCCAAGAACCGAGCUCCGGUUUCUAAGACCAGAGUACUUGGACGGGGUCUGGCAAUUCGAAGGGGACUUUUACGUUCCCUCGGGCACAAAGGGUGCCUGUGUGAUGCAAGUGUUUGGGGGAAAGAGCGCUGCCACUGCGCUCCAAGUUCGGCUCGACGGGCAUGGAGAUUUAGUUCGAAGUGGAGCCGACUUGCCACACUCGACCUUGGCGACGGAUGUCUAUAACAGAUGGAUCCAUCUCAAUGUUAUCCACGACGCGGACAAUAUGAUGCUUAGCAUCUAUCUGGAUGGAAAGCUCAAGCACUGGGAAGUGAACGAGAGCCGCAAGACGCACUACUUCAAGUGUGGAGUGUAUGCACAGUCCAACGCUAGCGAGUACAUGGAAUCCAGAGAGAGCCCGUGCAAACUCUCCAAAAUCGAGAACAUUGUUCUUCUUGACGUUGAAAAGAUCAAACACCUGGAACGCAAACCUUAUCUUCUUGAAGAGCUCAUACAGCGCUUCCACUUCGCUGACGCUAACUGGAAUGGAAGCCCCCGUAAGAAUCGAGCCAAAUGCCGGCACUUACAAUUGGUAUCCCGUGCAAUCGACUCGGAAUCCUCCCUCUCCACGCGCUUGUGCUCGAAGCAUCGCGACAGCAGCGCUAGCAGAGAGAUUAAAGGGAUUUCUCUAGACGACCUAGGGCAUGGCCUCUCCGCCGCUGCGCAAGGUGCUACUCUACUCCGCCGGGUGAGCUCUCUUUCCCUUGAUCGCGCAUUUCCAAUCGAUGAUCGAUGCGCACCUGCAUUGCACAGGAUCGUCGUCCUGGUCGCGACCACUUACGAUGUUCACCGCUAUGUCAAGGCGAAUGAGAAGCCGCCGAGCAUGGAAGACAAGGCCGCAUUUGCCGCAGCGUUAGAGGCGCUUGAAUGGCCAAUGCAUGGCUUGAAGAAGCGGUUCCGAUUCUCCGGACCAUCGCUCCUUCGGCAGCAGCAGCAGCAGCGGCACUUCCACGAAGAUAAAGCAUUUACCGGUGGCGAGUUCAAUCUAUGGGCUGCGGUAGUGGAAGAGCCUCAAGCACACGACUACGCUCCUCUUGCUCCUCCCACUCUUUCGGACGAAGAUGUGAAGCAGAAGCUGGCAAGCCUUGAAGAGCAAAACCAAAAGUCGGGUUUUGUCGAUCCUGCCGCCUACGUUUCCCUGUUGAAACAGUCUGGGGACGUCACCGCCUUGAAGACGAUACAGGCACACAUCUCCCACAGCAAGCGCUUCGCCGGGGAUAGAUUGCUGCUCAACUGCGUAGUGGAAGCAUAUGGAAAGUGUGGCUGCGUCAAGGAUGCACGGCUGGUUUUCAGUUCUAUCCGCCACCCCAACGUCUACUCGUGGACGAUUCUUCUCGCUGCUUAUGCCCAGAACGGGCAUCACAAAACGGUGCUCGAGCUUCUCCGCCAAAUGGACCUCUUGGGAGUGUGGCCGAAUGCUGUGACUUUGGCGACAGUGAUCGGUGCCGUGUCCGAGCUCGGGAACUGGGAUGAGGCUCGGAAAAUCCACGCCAGAGCUGCCGCUACUUGUCAACUCACGUACGACGUCGUCCUAGUGACUGCGCUGAUCGACAUGUAUGCGAAGUGUGGCGACAUCUUUCAUGCGGAGGUGGUGUUUGAUCAAGCUCGCAACAAGGACUUGGCCUGCUGCAACGCCAUGAUCUCGGCAUACAUCCAACUCGGCUACACGGUCGACGCAGUGUCGACGUUUAACCGCAUCCAGCCCAGCGGCCUGCAGCCAAAUCAGGUGACUUACGCGCUCCUCUUCCGCGCCUGUGCCACCAACGGCGUCUACUCGGAUGCUCGCGUAGCACACAUGUGUUUCAUCCUCAGCAAGCUCCGCCCCGACGUGGUCGUCAACACCGCGCUGGUGAGCAUGUACUCGAGGUGUGGGAGUUUGGAGGACGCGAGGAGAGUUUUCGACCGAAUGCCCGGGAAGAAUGUGGUGACUUGGAACGUGAUGAUCGCUGGUUACGCACAGGAGGGAUACACAGACGAGGCUCUCCAACUUUACGUGAGCAUGGAGGCUGCCGGCGUCGAGCCCGAUGAGAUCACCUUCGUAAACGUGCUCGAGUCAUGCUCGUUGGCGGAGCAUCUAGCAGCAGGCAGGGACAUACACAAGCACGUCGUCGACGCCGGCUAUGACUCUAGUCUCACGGUUCUCAGCGCACUCAUCACCAUGUACUCGGCGUGUGGAAGCUUGGGUGACGCCGUGGACGUUUUCCACAAGGGAGUAACGACACACAGCAGCGUCAUCUCGUGGACAGCCAUGCUCACGGCUUUAACAAGAAAUGGCGAGGGGCGGAGUGCUCUGGCUCUAUUCAGGAAAAUGGAUCUCGAGGGUGUCAGGGCCAACGUGGUGACUUUCGUGAGCACCAUCGAUGCGUGCUCCAGCAUUGGAGCGCUGGUAGAGGGUCAUGCUAUCUUCGAGCGGGUGAUUGUCACCGGCCAUCUAAUCGACGUGGUGCUCGGAACUUCGCUCAUCAACUUGUAUGGGAAAUGCGGCCGCCUCGACUAUGCCUUGGAAGUGUUCCACUACCUGAGCUUCAAGAACAUUGUUACGUGGAACACAAUCCUCGCAGCGAGCUCGCAGAACGGAGAGGAGACACUGAGUGACGAGCUGCUACAGGAGAUGGACCUCGACGGUGCUCAACCCAACGAGAUGACGCUACUCAACAUGCUCUUCGGAUGCAGCCACAACGGACUGGUCGCAAAAGCCGUGAGCUACUUCCGGUCGAUGGUUUACGGCCACUGCCUCGUCCCGACGAGCGAGCACUACGGCUGCCUAGUGGAUCUUCUCGGUCGCAGUGGACAGCUCGAAGAAGUGGAGGCUUUCAUCAGCAGCAAGCCGUUCAGCCUCGACUCGGUGCUGUGGAUGUCGCUGCUGGGAUCGUGCGUGAUUCACUCGGACGUGGAGAGGGGCCUGCGAGCUGCGAGGCGUGUUCUCGGACUCGACCCGAAAAACGCGUCACCUUACGUGCUGCUGUCCAACAUGUUCGCGGCCAUCGGCAUGCUGGACGCGGUGAAGAGCCUGGCAAAAUUGGCGGGCGAGAGGGCGAUGAAGAAGGAGCAGAGCCGGAGCUACAUCGAAGUAAACGGGGUGGUGCACGAGUUUGGAGUGAGAGCUGGGCUGCACCGGCUGGGCGAGAAGAUCGGAGCUCAGCUGCGUGAGUGGAGCGAGGAGAUGGAGGAGGCGGGGUUCGUGCCGCUGCAUGACGUGCGGGGGUACCACGACGAGAAGCUGGCGAUUGCUUUCGGUGCGAUAAGCUCGCCGCCGGGUGUGCCGCUGUUCGUCGUCAAGAACUUGCGGAUGUGCGUGUGCUGCCACGGCGAGAUCAAGCACAUCUGCAAGAUGACCGGGAGAGACAUAUCCGUCAGGGAAGGCAACCGCGUCCACCACUUCCGUCCUAUGGACGCGAGCUGUUCGUGCGGUGAUUACUGGUGACACACACGGGACAGAUGCAACGAAGUUGACGAUCAUGGCUCCAUCUUGGUUUAUUUAUUGUCUUUCCGGAGGGGCCAGGGGCGUGUUGCUGCUACUGCUGCUGGUGCCAUCUUUAAUCGGGUACGUCGUGUGCCUUGAAUCUGCUCAGGUGAAAGCUCGCCAAAAGGUGAAACAAGUCAAGGAGCGGAGUAAAACUUGAGCAGCCAAGGUGAGGAUGGGAAGCUAUCAACAUUCAUUCUUUUAUUCGGCUCACUCACGCUCACGAGGCAAGUGACUCUCGCCAGCCACCGUAGCAUUUCUCGCAUGAGCUUCUUGGGUUGGGAGUCUUGACUUUCUGUAUAGCUCGUCUAUUCUAUUAAGUGCAUCCAUUUCGAUUCUUGGA